AUGUCGAAAAUGAAGCCAGCGAAUACUGGUUCAAACCCUAUCACUGCCCAGCGAAAUUCCAAGAGCAAGAGUCUAACGAAAUGCCGGAAUGGUCAGACGCUGAGCUAUCCUCAAAACUGCACUCCUAUAACAUUUUGUCUCUUCCUUCUGAUUGUUAUUCAUGUGGUGUUGGGAUUACUAGUAUUCUCAGAAGUACUCUGA